GCCGCCGAGUGGUUCCCGCACGACGCCGCCGCGGCGCAGGGCAACGGCCUGCGGAACGCGGCUGGUCAGCCGGCCAAAGCCAUCCUCAAGUGCAGGCCCAACUCGCAUCCGUUUCAGAAUCGGACACUUCUGCUUGAGCCGAAUCAGGAGGUGAAGGUUGGGCGAUCCGUGCCGCGACAUCGCGUUGCAGAGAACAAUGCCAUCUUCGACUGCAAAGUGCUGUCGCGCAAUCACGCCGUGCUGUGGUACAGUGACGGCAAGUUCUUCAUACGUGACACGGGCAGCAGCAAUGGCACAUUCAUCAACAACCAGCGCCUGUCGCCGAUGUCCCAUCGCUCGGACCCCUUCGAGGUCAGUUCUGGCGACAUCGUGCAAUUUGGCGUGGACGUGACGGAGAAUUCGCGCAAGGAGACGCACGGAUGCAUCGUGGCGACGCUGAAGCUCUUCCUGCCGGACGGGCGUGAAACGAAGGCCAGUCAGUCCACGUGCGUGGGCGAGAUUCCGCCCGAGGAUCUGCACAGACUCAAUCAGUACGUGCAGGAGAUGGUGCAGCGCGAGCAGAUGCUGGAGUCGAAGCUGAUGGAUCUGCAGAAGAUACUGGAGUUAUCCAAGGCGAAUGCCGAGAGCAGCUGGCAGGCGAUGAUCGAUGAGGAUCGCCUGCUGAAUCGCAUUGACAUCCUGGAGAACAAGUUGCAGUGCUAUCAGAAGGGCAUCACGGAGGACAAGUUGCGCGAGGAGGUGCAGAAGUUGCAGGAGGACAAGCUGCUGUAUCAGGACUCGGCCAAGGAGGCGCUGCGGAAGGUGUACCAGGAGCGCUAUGAGGCCAUCCAGAAGCUGGCCGGCAUGGAGCGCGCUCUGUCCAGCAGUGAGGAUGAGUGCUCAGUGCUGAAGGAGCAGGCGAUGAAGGCGCAGUCGGAGCUGAGGGACACACUGUCGCGCUUCAACACGCUGCAGCAGAAGUACGAUGAGUUGGCGGAGAAGUUUAGUCAAUUAGAGAGUCAGGUGGCUAAGAAUCAGCCUUCGUCACUCAUCCAGGCUCCCGAAGGUGACUCUGAGGGCGAGAAGAACAUGAAUGAUAAGUGUCCGGAAGAGAAUUCAGCCAUGAAGGAAGCAUUGAGGAAUCUUUUUGCCAAAUCCGAUCUGAAGAAUCUCGAGGGAUCCGAAGAUAUCAUCAAAUCAAUGUUCAAUGACACGGACAGCAAUGAUGAUUUGAAUAAUGUGCAAGUCACGUACUCGAGAAUCUACGAUAGACUCUUAGAAUUGGAGAGGAAUUUCACGUUAUCGGACAACUGCAAUCCGAGCACUGUGAAACAGGAGCACGUCCGGCGCGACAGCGAAUGCUCCGUGGACUCGAAUUCCAGCACAGAGACAACUGUGAGUGAUGGGAAUCAGAAUGUGAACGAGGAGGAACUGACGCCGGUGCAUAAGCGGAUGAUAAGUACAACAAUUGGCGAGUUGAAGGAAAUUUACAGUGACCUGAUGAGCAAUGUGGCGACGGCGCGAGAGGACGUUGUGGCGCGCAAGGAGUCCAAGGAGAGGUGCGAAGAGAUGGAAGCCAAGCUGGUCACGCUGCAGGCGGACCUGCAGACGCUGUCGCUGGAGCUGCAGACGCGUCCCACGUACAAUCAGUACCACGAGAAGGUGAAGCUCUGCGACGACCUGCAGACGGAGGUGGCGCUGUUCCAGUCGCAGAUCGCGGGCCUGCGCGAGGCGGGCGAGAAGCUGGGCGGCGAGUGCGAGGUGUUGCGACAGCAGCUGGCCGUGAUCCGUGACACCGUGCGCAGCGACAAGGCGGCGCAGACGGAUGAACUGGAGGCGCCGGUGGUGAAGGUCGUGCAGGUGACGACGAUGAUGGAGAAGGAUGCGGAGCUGUCGCAGGAGAUCCAGCUGAUCACGGAUCCGGAGGUGCAGCGCGAGGAGGAGCUGGUGCUGUACAAGGAGAAGUUCGCGCAGCUGAGCGAAGAGAGCAUCCGGAUGCGGCAGGAGUUGGAGAGUGUGCGGCGGAGUUAUGAUUAUCUGAGGAAUAAGUCGCUGAUAACGUUAUUAACUUAUUUGGUGCCCUUCGUGGCGCUCAUCAGUUAUUUCUUAUUUACAGUGUUCUCGUAAUUGGCGAGAGAGUGAGAUAAAAUGCAAGUUAAGUAGUUGCGCUGAGAUUUCUUGUGUGUAAAAUGUGGUUGAUGCUGAAAAGAGAAGAAGAAAAAAAUUGACCCGGUGAAAAAGAGAAGAGAAUAUUUAUGAAAUAUCAUCAACUUUCUCAUAACAUGUUAAUCUAAUAUAUAUUUCUCACCAUUUAUUCCUCACAAAAAACACAGAGAGAUGAUUUUUGAUGAUGUGAUUGAGUAAGGAAAUCAUCCUUUCAACUGACCUCUUUAGCAGCGCAUUUUCUUCAUUUUUUCACUCUCUUUCUCUCGCUCUUACAUCCUGUAUUUCCCGCCCAGUAAAGAGAAGAGAGUAUAAUUUAAAGAACUAGGACAGUGUUGUUACCAAAAUUCAUAUUGAAAAGGAAACUCACGUAGAGAAUGAAGAAACAAAAAACUCCUCAUUGAAUUCUGUCAUCCAUUAAUAAUUGUAUUUGUAUAAUAGUUAAGUAAAAAUUGAUAGAGAAACUCUUCAUAUUAAACAUUAAGUCGUGCGCGAACAGAGUUGUUUUAACGAGAUACUAGAAUAUCAUCAAAUGAAGAUAACGUUAAAGAAAAAAAAUGCAAGACACAAAAAGAAACACAAUUGAAAUGCCUUUAGAAUGUUCUUUAUACACUGCAAAUGAGAUUAAGACAGUAUAUAUUGAUUUUGGAGGACAAAGGAUGAAAAAAAAUACAAGAUAUUAUCGAGUAUGUGAAGGAACAGAGAAAGCAUUUAUACAAAGAAUAAAGGAGAAUGGAGAAAGCAGAAGAACAAGAGAAAACAGAACAUUUACAAUAGAUUAUAUAUAUAUUGUCAUGCUGUAGUUUUAACUUUGUGAAAAUCAUUCAGCAAAAGAAGAAGAAAAAAGAAGAGAGAAAAUUGUGUGCAAUUGUGCCAUUCAAAAUGUGUUUUCAGCUGAAGAAUUGUACACAGAUAACAUAUCUCGCAUAAUUCGGCAUGUGUGCAUUUGUAAGAAUUUUACAAAUUUAGAUCAACGCAAAGAGAGCAAUGCUUUUAUCUUUGAUGGAAUAUUAAGAAGAAAAAGAAAGAAAAAAAAAUGACUUGUGGAAGGAAAAAGCACAGUCAGUGUUGAUGAGUUUCUCCUGAAUUUUUUGACCAGAAUCUCCUGUGAAAUCAAAUAAGAAGUCGAAAGCGGUCAUUGUUAAUAACAUUACUACAAUUUUAUGUAUAUUACUGAAUAAAAAGAAGAAGAGGAGGAAGAAAAGGAACACGGAUAGCAAAAGUGAAAAAGAGAAAAGAACACAUGAAUAUAUUAUUACAAAGUAAAUUAUACAAACAUGCUUUUUUGAUAAUAACAUCUUACAAAAAGGAAUACAAGUUUUACUUUCAGUUCAAUUAAGUGCAUCUAUUAAAGUGUAUUUCAAAAGAA